GUUUUGCGUGAACAGGACUUUUAUUUUGGUGUGUCGGCAUGACGUCACAAGGUUGCAUCGCGCCCCUGCAUCUGUGUUUUUGCUGAAGAAAGAUAAACUGAAGCGACUGAGAUACACUAGACACUGAUAUAAAGAUGGCGUUUAUUAAAGUCGAGACCGAAGACAUGAAGAUUGAAGAAGCAUUUACUAUCAAACAAGAAGAUCCUGAGGAACAACAAACAGAGAUGGUGUUAAUUAAAGAGGAAAGGCAAGAGGUGAAAAUUGAAGAAGAUUUUAGAGUUAAACGUGAAGAUCCUGAGGAACAACAAACAGAGAUGGUGUUUAUUAAAGAGGAGAGGGAAGAGGUGACAAUUGAAGAAGAUUUUAGAGUCAAACAAGAAGAUACUGAGGAACAAACAGUACGUGAGGGGAAUUGUUUUGAAAACGUCCAACGUCCAGUGUUUCAACCAUAUAUGUUCGAGCCAGAGUCUGACCCUGAAUUUCAAGACGAUGAACCUACUUCACCUCAAACACCAAGGAUGAUCCAGCCUGUGACAGCGUGGUGUACCUGUGAAAAUUGUGCUGUUAUGCCAACGGAAAAAGAAAAUAAAUGCUGUUUGGAGAUUCCUGAGAUUGUAAGAAGGAUUAACCAGGUACCAGACAAACUUACCUGCAUAACCCAGCACCCAGGCUUUGAACCGGUUUGCCUAAAUGUGUAUUCACUACAGAAUAUGCUUAAUAUUUACAAAGCUGAUUAUGGACCCUUGAAACUCAAAGGAAUAGAAAAGCGCUACAGGCACUUGGCGCACAGGAGUUUUGUGAGCUGGUGCUGGGGCUUUCUGAGCAGGACGAUCAGGGUGGAUGUCCCGUCUUGUGUUGUGCUGCGUAUAUGCCGAGAGUUUCCUGAUGCUUCAGGCAGCUGUGCUGGAUUCAGACCCCCCCUUGACUGAACCUCCAGACAUGCCUUCUUCCAUGGAGGGUCUGUCACACUGGGCUGAGAGUGAUUUUGUGGAUCUCCGUGUAGGGAAGAGGGUCUGGGAUUACUUUUUCAAAAAGGAAGUUCAUCAGAUCAAUGACAUUGCCUGUAAAAAUAUAACCACACACAAUUAAUCAUAUUUACGGUUUAGAUUUUUUAGUUACUUACCUGUGAACAUCAAUAAAUUUGUUUUACUUACAA